AUCCAUGACAAGGUAAUAGGAAUUCUACAUCCAGCAAGACAAGGUAAUAGGAAUUGGCAGCAGUAGUCGUCUUGGUUGGAACCUCAGCCUAAAACCCAUUACCUAAUACGAGUAUCAAGUUUUCUAUUGCCAAAAUUGAGAGCGAUAGAGAGAUGGGGAAAAGCGAGAUGGAGCGGCUGAACCAAACUCUAACAGUCCAUCUGACAAACAUCCAUGAAACGCUGCAACUUAUGGAUCAAACUCCUGCUUCUUCUCUUCAAAAAGUUACCUGGGAUGAAGUCGUUAAAAUUGGUGAACAGCUCUCCAAAAACGCUACUACUGCUGGAAUGCUUUGCACUGGAGAAAAAACGAAAGUAGCAGCACUAGAGGAAAACAUGGAGGCAUAUUUCAAUGUGUUGCAGGGUCUUCUUUUGCUUGCCUAUGGAAGUACAGUAGGUGCAGGACCAACUCUAUCAUCAAGUAUUCACGCAUCAAUAAAACAAGUUGUCGAUUGCAGUUUCUUGCUAUGGAGGGAAUGUGUUGCUAGCUAUGGACCUCAUAGUAGUGAGAAGAAGUGCUCCAUUCCUCAAUUAGCUGGCACAGUCUGGGAAGCAUGCUCUGCUCUCAAGAAAACUCCUGCAACAAAUAUAGUUGCAAUUGGGCGCGCAAUGACACAGGUUGCUGUUUCUAUGAAGGACGUGUUACGUGAAAUGAAUGAGCUUGAACCAUGUUCAUCUGAUCCAACCAGUGAAGCAGACAGUCAAACAUCUGAUGCUGAUGAUGAGUUCGGUAAAGACCUGUCACCUGAAGAGAUGAAAGUCGCUCAAUUAGCAAUCGGAGUUGUGUCAGAAGCAGUUAUUGUCAUCAAGGAACUUAUACGAUGCAUUACUGGUUUGCUUAAGAAGGAAUCUCUUAAAGAUGAGAAUGAUGGGGUUGAGUCCUUGGAAAAGCUAUUGAAGCUUUGUCGUAGCAUUGGAGUUCAGAUGGAUGAGCUUGGAGCUUGUUUAUAUCCACCACAAGAAUUAUCAGCAAUAGCUAAAUCAUGCAAAGAAUUAUCUGAUUUGAUAGAUGAAGUGGGUAAAGAAUUGGACUAUUUAAAUGGCUCCACAGAAGCUUUCUCCGAGAGAUGCAAUGCAUUGAAGACUGCCUUGGGAAAUUUGGAAGCAGAAAUUUCUGAUUCUCUUGCUACUAAUGCAGUUCUGCAAAAUUCCAAUGGAUUGGUUGUGGUAGAACAAAUGCAGAAUCUAGAUGUAUAAGAUAGUUCAUCUUUUAUUCUCCCUAUUAGCUCAUAUUGCCACUCGUGGUGAGUUGUUUAAAAUCCAAAAAAAGGAAAAAAAAAAAAAAAACAAAAAUUAAUUAUGGACAUACUGGUACAAGUUUGUGCAACUGAUUGUGUGAGAUUUGAAUGUCAGUAUAACAUGUAAUUUUUCCCCAAAAAUAUCUUAUAGAAUAAUCCAUGAUUUUCAUCUCA